CAAAGAGAGAGGAGGCCAGGGGCUGAGGAGACAGGCAGACUGCCCCCUGGCCAUCGCCAUCCAGGCCUAUGGCCAUGGCCCUGGUGCUCCUGUUGGGCAUGCUGCUGCCCGGGUGCUCUGAGCUCUCCAAGUCAAAAAAGAGCCUUCCUGGCCAGAGAGCUGGUGGCCCAGGAGUCGUCCCAGCCUGGCGGACACCCUGCCUGUCCCUGCAGGGCUACGGAGUCAAGUGCUCACACCACAAUGAGUGUUUCAGCAACUGCUGCCUCAUGGACCUGGACUCUAGCCGAAACUUCUGUGCCCACAAAGCCAGAUUCAACAAGGUGUGCCUGCCCCAGACCAAAGGAGCCUACAAUCUCAUCUGCCCUUGCCAAGUGGGCUUGAACUGCAUAUCCAGGGACCCAAUGUGUCCACGCCGGUGCCAAAUCAUUUAGAGACGGAUGCCAGCUACUCAUUGACCACCCCUCUCCCCUCUGGGGCCAGAGGCCCCAGGCUUCCCCAGCUUGCUCAAAAUCCAGGUCCAGACACAGUAAAGUCAAUUCUAGAUUCAG